GAAUUUCAAUUAUUUUUCUCACGUUAUUUUUCAUACAUACAUAGUACUAUAAUAAUGAAUAAAAUUACGUAAUCUUUUUAUAGAUAGAAGUAGAAAAAGUAUACAAAGAAAUUACGUAAACAUAUAAAAGGUAAAAAAUUCAAUGGAGUUUUAACCCUUUCCAACGGUCACUGACCAUAUACGACAAAUAGUCACUGUAAAAUGUUGUACCUUAGUACUUAUAUUUACUGUGACCAUUCACAUUCACAUUCAGAUUCACUCGUGCUGUGAAGGUUGUGACGGUAAUUUGACACCAAGUAACAUACUAAAAUAAGGGACAAGAAGAGUAAGAAAUAAAGAAGAAAGAAAAUAAGAAGAUUCAGUUUUGCUUCUCUAAUAAGCUGUAACUGCAUAAUGAGAAAUUCAACUGAUUCUGUCUCCAUUGACAUUGAUUUGAUACCUUUAGGAGGAAAGGAAUGUAUUGUGAAAACAAGCAAAGGUUCUGUUUCUGUGCUUAUUUGUGGAGAUCAAGAUAAACCUGCUUUGAUAACUUACCCAGAUGUAGCUCUUAAUUAUUUGUCAUGUUUUCAGGGUCUGUUGUUCUGUCCAGAAGCAGCUUCUUUGAUGCUUCAUAAUUUCUGCAUUUAUCACAUUGAUGCUCCUGGGCAUGAGUUAGGAGCUGAUGUGAUUUCUUCAGAUGAACCAUUGCUUUGUGUGGAUGACCUAGCUGAUCAGGUUGCAGAAGUGCUUGAUUAUUUCGGGCUAAGAGAGGUUAUGUGCUUGGGAGUAACAGCUGGUGCUUACAUCCUCACACUAUUUGCUAUGAAGUACAAAGAACGAGUGCUUGGAUUGAUUCUUGUUUCACCAAUUUGUAAAGGACCUUCAUGGACUGAAUGGAUUUACAACAAGGUCUUGAUGAACUUGUUGUAUUUCUAUGGUAUGUGCGGUUUACUGAAGGAAUGCCUCUUGCAGCGUUACUUCAGUAAGGAGCUUAGAUGCAGUAUCCAGGGAGCAGAAUCAGAUGUAAUACAAACUUGCCGAAGACUUCUGGAUGAAAGGCAAAGUUUGAAUGUUAUGCGUUUUCUUCAAGCAGUUAAUGCAAGGCACGACCUAAGUGAGGGACUAAAGAACUUGCAAUGCAAGACACUAAUAUUUGCAGGAGAUAGUAGUCCAUUUCAUGCUGAAUCUAUCUACAUGAGUGAAAAAAUAGACAGCAAAAUUUGUGCUCUUGUUGAGGUUCAAGCUUGUGGCUCACUAGUAACAGAAGAGCAUCCAAUUUCCAUGAUUGUACCAAUUGAGCGCUUCUUAAUGGGUUUUGGCUUCCACAGACAACCACAUUUUGCCUCCUCAUCAAGCAACGGUUCAACAAGUCCAGCAAGCCCUUCUCGCCAUGCAAUCGUGGCACCAGAACUCCUCUCCCAAGAGAGUUUAGGAAUUAAGCUAAAGCCUAUCAGAACCCGUGUUCGUGUUGAAACCUAACCAAGUCCUUAAUGAUCACAGCUUCAUUUCAGCAUGGAGUAAGACUAAGCUUUCUAUCGCUGCACAUAAAUAUAUAUAGCUAUUGUUGAAUUCAUGUACAACAUCAAUAGUGUAGGUUAUAUAUUCUUUGAUAACAUUUCUCGACUAAUAUUGUUAUUCCUGCCGAUGUAAAAAAAGAGUAGAAGUCCCGUAUUUGACUAUAGGAUUAUUCUUUUGAGAAGUGAACAUAUUCAUUUAUUAUUAUCAUUAAACUUUGAUCAUUCUUAAUGCUGAUUGGAAUGAAAUCCUUGCAUCAUCAACAAA